AUGACCAACACCCGUGUCGAUGGUCAAACUAUCAAGCCGACGUGGUCAAUUUGCGACGCUCGAGCUUCAGAGUUCGCAGAGGCCUUUACGCUCUUCCCAUCGCGCGUAGGCUACAAGAUCAACUUCGCCUACGAUGUAGAUGCUACGAGCAGCUCCCGAGACGAAACUCUCGACACAAAUUUCGCCAUGCAGAACGGCUGGUCCAAGUACCCUUCAAACCGUCAUUCCGCUCCAGGGCAUGGCUGCCAAAGCGACAUAUCUCAGAUGGACCCCAAACUCGGCAUCGCGGAUCCCCUCCAACGGUAUCCAAUGCCUUUCCCCACACUCGUCCUUGACCAAACCACGCCAAAUCAUGUCUCGUUGCCGCGACCCAAUAAGACGUCGCAAGGCAUCUAG